ACGAUGCACACGUUGGUAUGUUUUUGCUUGGCGGCUCUCACCCUGACGCCGCCGGCCUCUGUACAGGCGGCUUCUCCAUGUGACAGGUAAGAUAAACAUCAGAAAGUCCUACUCCCUAAAAGGGCUUUGUGUACGCGAAGCGGCUUCCUGUUGUUGAUGCAGGCGAUAGAAGCUUCAGCUAAAUUCACGACCAAGUGACCAGUUGUUUGCUUCUAAUACUUUUUGGCACCAUUUAAUCUUUAACUCUGAAGCAAAUGUCCUACUGCUCUUCCUUUUGGUCAAAUGACUCAUGGUUUUACAUUUUCUUUGUCUUCUGACUUUUUUUUUUUCGCUUCAUGUGGUUUUAUGUAGACCUUUACCCUCACCUCAUUAGUUCUAGUGACAUUAAGAUUUAUUGCUAUGCUGCAGAGUGAAAUCUUCUGCACUGGACCCAUCCUGCAGCAGGUACAGAACGCGAAGCUGUUUGAUGAUGACAAGUACUUUGUGGACAUGAAGCUGAGGGCAGCACCGGACGUCGUCUCGUUGGCAUUCCACAAUCUGUCCAAGGAGUUUCCAAACGCGACCGUCCCCCCUGAUCGACUGAAAGGAUUCCUCAGCGCGUACUUUGAGGAGCCGGGAACGGAGUUUGAGUCGUGGACGCCUCCCGACUGGCACGAAGAACCAACGUUCCUGGGGCGAAUAGCAGACCAGCAACUGCGAGACUGGGCCAAAAAGAUUCACGCUCUAUGGAAGUCUCUCGGCAGAAAGAUGCGUGCUGGGGUUCAGGAUCACCCAGAGCUCCACUCUCUGAUCUACGCUCCACACCCGGUGGUGGUGCCGGGGGGGCGCUUCAGGGAGUUCUACUACUGGGACUCCUACUGGGUCGUCAACGGGCUCCUGCUGUCGGAGAUGACGGACACGGCGCGUGGGAUGAUUCAGAACUUCCUGCACCUCGUCAACAGAUAUGGCUUCAUUCCAAAUGGUGGGCGGAUUUACUAUGAAAGGCGCAGUCAGCCUCCAUUCCUCACUCUAAUGGUGGAGAGCUACUAUCACGCAACCAAGGAUAAAGAGUUCCUCAGAGACGCUUUGCCGACGCUGGAGAAGGAGUACAGCUUCUGGAUGCGCAACCGGUCUGUGGCUGUGCAGGCAAAUGGCGUGGAGCACGUGCUGAACCGGUAUCAUGUGCAGGUGGAGUCGCCAAGGCCUGAAUCCUACACGGACGAUGUGGAAUUAGCUGAAGGGCUCCCUGACGCCCUUAAAGAGCAGCUGUGGAUGGAUCUGCACUCUGGAGCAGAGUCCGGUUGGGACUUCUCGUCCCGCUGGUUCCUCGACAACCGGACCCUCAGACAUACCCGCACCAGUCAGAUCGUACCCAGCGACCUCAACGCUCUGAUGUGCCUCAACGAGAAGACUCUGGCUUUCUUUCACACGGUUCUGGGUGACGGUGCCGCGUCUGAUCGCUACGACCGGGCUGUCACUCGCAGGCUGGCGGCCAUGGAGUCUGUGCUCUGGGACCCCGGGAGCGGAGCCUGGUUCGACUACAACCUGGUGACGAACGCUAAGAACCGUGACUUUUACCCCUCCAACCUGGCGCCCGUUUGGGCCCGCUGCUAUUCUCGGCCUGAGAUGGGAGACCUGGCGGUGAAGUAUCUGAAGGGGACCCAUGCUCUGGACUACCACAAUGGGGUUCCAAGCUCCCUGUUCGAGUCCGGGCAGCAGUGGGACUUUCCUAACGCGUGGCCUCCGUUACAGCACAUGCUUAUCGAUGGUUUGUCCAAACUGCCUUCAGAGGAUGCUAACGCGCUAGCAUUCACUUUGGCCCAGAGGUGGAUCAAAACCAACUGGAUGGCGUACGUGAAGUAUGAAGCCAUGUUUGAGAAGUACGAUGUGAAUGGAGAUGGCAAACCUGGAGGUGGAGGAGAAUAUGAAGUUCAGCUGGGUUUCGGUUGGACCAACGGCGUUGCCCUGCAGCUCUUGAACCAGUAUGGAGACAGACUCUCCUCAGGAGGCCGGAGUGUGACCUUUGACCUCCUGAUGCCUCUGGUCGUCUCGGCCGCUCUCGCUUUCAUGUGAAUCAGAGUGUGACUGAGGGGUGCUUUCUCCACACUAAUCGCACAUAAUCUGGAUCCUUUAUGCAGAAGGAUGUGAUUCAUCAUUACUGAGAAUCCCUUUGAUGAAUAUUUUAGUGUUUAUACUCUGAGGUAUGUGAUCUUUGCUGAUAUCAGAAGAUGCAUCUGGACUCAGCAACGCGUCAACGUUGGUGUCCCCUGCAGCUUAAACCACAAUUAUUAACUUGUCAAAGAUGCUGAAGUGUAAUUCCAAAGCGUUCUGCACCUGAUUCAAUGAUUGUUUUUUGCUGUACUGUACGAACUCCCGCUGAGGCUUUUAAUUUGCAGCUGAAGUGAAGAUGGAAUGUAAAUAAGUGCACAAGAAAUAAAAUAUGAAUUCUGUUUGAAA